AAUAACAAGAUACACCCAUUUAGCAUUAUGCAUUAAAAAAUGAAACAAUAAUAAUCACUCACUCAUCACAAAUUAUCUUCUAUAGCCUGGAUUUCUUUCCAUAAUUUAAGAACAUAAGAAACAUUAUUAAAUCAUUACAGUCUUAGGUUGUUAUCUCUGGUUUUGGUGACAACAAAAAAAGAAGAGACAUGUCUGGUGGUGGUGAAGGAGAAAGUUUGGAGUACACACCCACUUGGGUAGUGGCUCUGGUUUGUACUGUGAUUGUUGCCAUUUCUCUUGCUGUUGAAAGAUUGCUUCAUUUUGGUGGUAUUUAUCUCAAGAACAAGCAUCAGAAAUCCCUCUUUGAAGCUCUUCAAAAAGUUAAAGAAGAGUUGAUGCUUCUGGGUUUCAUAUCAUUGUUGUUGACUGUAGCACAAAACUUAUUUGCAAAAAUCUGUGUGCCUGGACAUGUGAUGACUACUAUGCUUCCUUGUAAACUCUCUGAUAAAGAAGGAGGACAUGAACCUAAAGCUGCCACAACGACUGAGCAUUUUCAGAGGUCUUUCGUUACCAGCAUUUUCGGCACUGCUAGACGUCUUCUAGCCGAAUCAGAAGAAGAACAUCUGGGUUACUGUGGCAAAAAGGGUAAGGUCCCAUUGCUAUCUCUUGAAGGACUGCAUCAUCUGCACAUCUUUAUCUUUGUUCUAGCCAUUGUCCAUGUUACUUUCUGCUUACUCACUGUUCUUUUUGGAGGGGCAAGGAUUCGUCAAUGGCAGCAUUGGGAGAAUGCAAUUGCUAAAGACCGAUACGAUACAGAAGAAGUUUUGAAAAAAAAGAUCACCUGUGUCCAUCAACAUGCAUUUAUCAAGGAUCAUUUUUGGGGGAUUGGUAAAGAUUCAAUUGUGAUGGAAUGGCUGCACUCUUUCUUUAAGCAAUUCUAUGCAUCUGUGACAAAGUCAGAUUAUAUAACUCUACGACUAGGAUUUAUAUCGACACACUGUAAGACAAAUCCAAAGUUCAAUUUUCACAAGUACAUGGUUCGUGCCCUCGAAGAUGACUUUAAGGUGGUGGUUGGGAUAAGUUGGUAUCUAUGGGUAUUUGUGGUCAUCUUCUUAUUGCUGAAUGUUAAUGGUUGGCAUACAUAUUUCUGGAUAGCAUUUAUUCCUGUCAUUCUACUACUUUCUGUGGGCGCCAAGUUGGAGCAUGUAAUUGCAGAAUUAGCCCAUGAUGUUGCUGAGAAACAUGUAGCUAUUGAAGGGGACCUGAUAGUUAAACCUUCAGACGAUCACUUUUGGUUCAGUAAACCUCAGAUCAUCCUGUUCUUGAUUCAUUUCAUCCUUUUCCAGAAUGCUUUUGAGAUUGCAUUUUUCUUCUGGAUUUGGGUUCAAUAUGGUUUCGACUCCUGCAUCAUGGGACACAUCAGAUAUAUUAUUCCUAGACUAAUCAUUGGAGUGUUCAUUCAGGUACUCUGCAGCUACAGCACCCUUCCACUGUAUGCCAUUGUGACACAGAUGGGAAGUUCUUUCAAGAAAGCAAUAUUCGAUGAACAUGUGCAAGUUGGACUUGUUGGUUGGGCUCAGAAAGCGAAAAAAAAGACGAAAGCAUCGAAUCACGGAUCUCGUGAAGGUUCAGUUUUGGGAAUUCAGCUUGGAAAAUUCGGACGCAAAACGUCUGCUCCUGAAGAGAUUCAACCCACAGCUAGUUCGGAUGCGAAAAGCUGAUAAGCUUAAUUUCAGCUUUAGCAGCUGUGUAGUUCAUACAGAAAUAUGCAGCAUUAUAGUUGUUUUAUAGAUGCAUUGUUGUUGGUGUUGUAUAUGAUAAAUUAGAUGCAUAACCUUUUAAAUAUACUAUUGCAUUGUGACUAUUGGACGUAUCAUUGUAGCUGCUGGUGUAGAUUGGAUUCUUCUGGUGCAGAUAUGAAUUUUACAGGAAAAAAAGGUGAACUACUAUUAUUUUAGGAGAAAAGUAUACUAUUAGUAUAUGAGCUUUUAUGAAUCUGUUAUUAUUGUAUUGGGCAAAGAUCUCACAGUUCCUUAUAAGGAAGUUUAUGUAAAUGUAAUAUUUCUUGUACAGGCUUGAUUGUUUGCCUUAUUUGAGAGAUUUAUGUUGCUUAA